GCUCGAGGAUGAUGUAACAACAACCCAAGCAUGAGGGUUUGUUAUGAAAAUAGAAAGUGAAAGUUCAUUUUUUAUUUUUGAAUUACAUGUAUUUUACUAUUUACCUUCUGAAAACUAGGAUUCUUUAAAUUCAGAAAUAUUCACUUCUAAAGAAUAUAGAUAGCACGUACUCUUAAGUAUUAACCAAACGAAAGAUUUCCAAAACUUUGCUAACGAAAAAGUGUUAACAAUGAAUCCCACCGUUUUUUCAUGUAAGCUUAUUCAUAGAAUUUAUUCUUCAUCCAAAUUGGUGAAUUUCAAACCAAUAUCAUAUUUAACUUUGCGUUCGUACGUGAGUAAUACAUUUUUACUUUCGAAGACAUCACUGACAAAUAUUAAUGGAAUAAGUGUGAAAAGUAUACCUAUUCGUUAUGUUCAUGAUCUUCCUAAGAAGAAAGAAUGGGGUAAAGGUAAAGGACCUAUAUCAUGGAAGACCUUGUUUAUAACUUUAGGAAUUGGAGGAAUUUUCCUUGUCGGAAUGCAAUAUGUGAAAAAAGAAAAGCAAAUGGCCAUUGAUAAACAGAGACGCCGAGAGCUCGGCAAAGCCGCUAUUGGUGGGAGAUUCGAUUUAAUAGACCACACUGGUCAACCUAAAUCAAGUGAAGAUUUUUUUGGAAAUUGGUUAUUAAUAUAUUUUGGUUUUACACACUGUCCUGAUAUUUGUCCUGAAGAGAUAGAAAAGAUGAUUACUGUAGUGGAUGAACUAAACAAAACUAAACCAAAACUGCCAAAUAUUAUCCCACUUUUCAUAACAGUAGACCCGGAAAGGGAUAGUGUUGAGGCUGUGGCUAAAUAUGUUAAAGAAUUUUCUCCUAAUCUCAUUGGGUUGACUGGAUCUAAGGAAAAGAUUCAUGAAGUCACAAAGGCUUUUCGUGUUUAUUACAGUGCAGGACCAAAAGAUGUAGAUGAUGAUUACAUUGUUGACCAUACUAUAAUUACUUACUUAGUAGAUCCUGAAGGACAGUUUAUAGAUUAUUAUGGGCAAACUAAAACAGCGGAGCAAGUUGUUAAUGCUAUAACAAUACAAAUGCUCAAGUACAAAUCUGCCCAUAAUCAAUCUUGGUUUUAAAAUAAGAAUUGCUUAAUUAUCAUUGUCUUAUGUUUUUGACUAAAGUGACCAGACUCUUUCUUUUUCCAGAUUUUUUAUUAUUUGUCAUGGAUUGUAAAGUUGAAUGAAAUAUUUUGGAUUGCUUUCUGUUUAUCAGUAAAUAGAUCUUAUUAGAUAAACUAAAUUGAAUUAUUUUCAAUUUAGCUUCAAACCAAUUUCCAUCGGUUGGUCUACAUAGAGUUUGUCUAUAUAUGAUGAAUGUACAUGAUAAAGACUGAAAAAAAAAGUGAGAGUUAAGUAUGUUUAUGCUUCAUUAUUUUAUCAUGAUUAUUUUAAUAAUAAAUUAUUCCAUUUUUUUAAAAAAAAUUUCAUUUAUUUGUGAAAUUUGUUCAACACCCCAGUUAUCCAGGUUAAAAAAAAACUGGUUUAAAAUUCAUAAAAUCUGGUCACUUUAGUUAUUUUACCAAUGAAUAUUGCUUUUUAAUCUCAUACAAGAUGUUUAUCAAAUUAAAACUGUCUGAUUUCCUUUUGAAUAGAAGUGUAAUAUUAAAAUAUGAUCCAUUUAAAAAAAAUAAAAAGUUCAUAAUCUUGAGCAUGAUAAACAAUUUAUUAAUGGAAAAUUAUAUUG